AUGGCCACCACAGCGCGCAACACCGAGGCGCCCCACGCACCUCAGAGCAUCCCCCACCCCUCGCUACGCAGCACAGCGCCAGGGCACCCCGCACCCCUCCACGCAGCACCACGGAGCCCCCGGGGCACGCCGCGGAGACCAAGCAGAGCCCCGAGCACCCUGGGGCCGCCGGGGCGCCGCCGUCCCGGGGUCAGGGCUCCCCUCAGCCGUCGGCAGCGAAGCCUCCCCGCGGCGCCCCCCGGCCCCUCGCCGCCCCCGGGCCUCCCCCAACUCUCAAACUUUGGGCGGGCGGCGGCGGUAGCCGGUGCCGGUGGUCGGCCGGUGCCCGCCGCGCCACCUCCCCCUCACUCACCGCCAGGCUGUGGGGGAGGGGCGGGGGCCAAGGCUCCUCUCAGCCCCGGGCGGGAGGGGGCGGCGCAGCGUCUCCCCCCGGCGACGGCGGGUCCUUCCCCCUCCCGCAAACACACACAGGCUCCAUUGUCCGCCAGCGCCUCCCCCCUCUUCUUCCCGCACACAUGGCCCCCGGGGGAGGCGCACGCCGAGGCCGGGGGGCUGCGGGAAGGCGGGCGGGUGGCUGCGGGGCGGGGCGAGGCGAGCGCCCUGCCAGCCCCCCUCAACACCGUCCUGCCCAAAACCACCUCGGCUGCCAAGGCAGCUUGUGCCAUGGCACCUUCGCUGGCCGCCGCCUCGGCACCACAGCAGACGCCAGCUGCCCGCAUUGAGGCUUCUCCGCCUCGAGAAGCUGAGGCGGGCACCGUGCAUCGCAACCAGCCACGGGCACAGCCAUCAGCUCGCCAGGGGCGCAGCCCAGAGGUGUCGGCUGGAGUAUUAUGUUCACUCAGCCCUCUGACACCCGGCGUGGAAUUUCCCUUCCACGUAUUUCUGAAGGAGGAAGGGGACGGCUGGCCCUCGGAGCUUCAGAGCUUGGACGAGGUGCUGAACGCAGUGGGCAGAGAGGGGCGAGUGCAGGGAAGAGCUACGCUGCUACAUAGGAGGCUCUUUGCCCAUGCCUUAGGAGGGCAGCGGGGAGGGCGGCCGCCCCCGGCGCUGCCCCCCACCCCAUCCUCGGCCCGCCGUUCCCCGAAAGCCGCCGGGACAGAAGCCAACAGGUGGAAGGCGCUUUUUGUCCUUUUCGAGCGCAGUCCCGGUUCUCUUUCCCCCUCCCCGGCUGUGGUCCCGGCACCCAUUCCCCCGGCCACCGGGUCCCUCCCCGCGCGCUGCCGCCGCGGGGAAACUGAGGCACGGCGCGGCGGGCACGGCGGACAACCGACCGCUGCAAAAGUUUCCGCCCCCCCGCCGAGCCGAGCCGAGCCAAGCCGAGCCGGGGGAGCCGGGCAGCGUGUCGGGGCUGACUGCGGCAGAGGCUGCCGCCUGCCCGCACGCACACAUACCGGCGCGCACACGCCGCCCCCCGCUGCUGGCAGCCGGGCCGCGCCGCGCCGAGCCAGGGGAGCCGGCGGCGGGGAGGCGGCCCCGGGGGCGGCGGCGCCAGCCAUCGGCCCCCCGCCGGCAGCGCGGCGCGCAGGCUGCCCGCGGGCGGCGGGGCCACGCCGGGCCGGGCCGAGCCGGGCCAGGGCGGGCGGCGUGGCCGGCGCUUACCUGCCUCAGGCGGUGAAGGCUCGGAGCGGCAUGCCGGGCGGGGGGCGGCGGCGGGGAGCGGGAGGCUGCCGGCGGCGCGGCCUGCGCUCGCCGGGCGCUAGGGCAGCAUCAAGGCAACUUAGGGGGAACCCUUGCGGGGCCUAUUGUCUGCGCGGGGCGGCGGGGCGGCGGGGCGGCCUCCCCCCGCGGGCGCCGCGGCGCUUGGUACGGCCCAGGCAUUCAUGCCAAGCGGCUUUCACACAUGGAGGCUUGUCUCCUACGGCUGCUGACAAGCCACAAACAAGACGUCCCCCUCCCUCCUCCUCCUGCCUCCUCCCUCCUCCUCCGGCCUCCUCCACGCGAACUCCAACUCCAGUGACGGGCGGGCCGGGCCUGGCCGCCGCCUCGCCCCGCACCCGCCGGGACGCGGGGGAAGGGAGAAGGCCGGCCGCCGCCUCCCCAGGAAAAUGGCAGGCGCCGGGCGGCCGUGUUCCCCUGCCGAGCCGGGCCCGGGCCGAGCCGGGAGGCCAAACCGCUCCUCGGAGGUCCUUAACAAUAGAGGAGCUGGCAGGGAAUUUGCCCGAUUACCCCAAGGUCAAACAAAUAACAACUGCACACACCAAACGGUCUCGGGUCAACUUCAUCCUGCAGCCAUGA